AUGAGCAACUGCCCCCUCUGUGAUCCAUCCGGGUCUAUAGCGGGAUUGAUCGGGCCUCAAUUCUGCGCCGCCGGAUCAAGACCGGCAUCAUCUCCUUUGAACCCUCGAGCUCCAGUAUAUCAGUCCUCAGCUUCCUCCACAAGGGUUGUCUCUUUGCCUCGUCCGUCAGAAGGUGCCCCAGGCUCUGGGUCAAACACACGGCCUCCAGAAGGGGGACACGCAUCUGAAGAGAUACAUCCCCCAGAAGAGGAAUGCGCAUCUGGAGAGAUACAGCCUCCAGAAGAGAAACGCGCAUCUGAGGAAACACAAUCUACAGGGGAGGGCCAUGGAUCUGAAGAGAGAUAUGCAUCUCAAGAAACACAGUCCCCCAGAAAGAGACACGCAUCUGAAGACACAGGGUGUGCAAAAAAGAGGCAGUCACUUUCCCCGCCCCUUCAAAAGAUUACUUCGCGUGGAGGCAGCAGUUCUCCUGAACCAGCACACUCGGUCCGAGGAGGCACUUCAGCACCGGUGGCGGCUCCAACACCCGAUGUUGUCGCACGGCCUCCUGUGGACGAAGAGAUCCACGAGACCCCCAAAAUCCAGUCUCAUGAUCCAUCCCCCCCUUUAGACCAGGAUCAGGAGAAGAAGCCGGACAGGAAACCAGGGCCGACUUGGGCAAAUGUUGCUCAAAUCACCAAAAAGCAAACAAACCAGUCCCACCUGAAAAUAAACGUGCGACCUGCGAAACCAAAGUAG